GCGUCCGGGGACGGCAACUGACAAGGUUCAUGCUGAAGUGCUUCGCGACUGCUUCGGGGAUUAUCAGGGUACUGGAAGCAUGGCAUCCCUGCAGCUGCUCACAGCUCCCUUCCUGUGUGUCCUGCUCUGGGCCUACUGUGCUCUAGGUGCCAGGGCCCAGGAGCAUGGGGCUGGUGUCCAUCAUGGCAGCAUGGGCCUGGACAAGAGCACAGUGCACGACCAAGAGCACAUCAUGGAACAUUUGGAAGGUGUCAUCAACCAGCCAGAGAUGGAGAUGUCCCCCCAGGAACUGCAGCUCCAUUAUUUCAAAAUGCAUGAUUAUGAUGGUAACAGUUUGCUUGAUGGCCUAGAGCUUUCAACAGCCAUCACUCACGUGCACAAGGAGGAGGGGAGUGAGCAGGCCCCAGCCAUGAGUGAGGAUGAGCUCAUCAGCAUCAUAGAUGGUGUCCUGAGAGAUGACGACAAGAACAAUGAUGGCUACAUCGACUACGCUGAGUUUGCAAAGUCACUGCAGUAGCCAGCUGGCCCUUUACUUAUGCAGAUGUGUGACUCUUGCUAAUGUGAUGAACAUGUCUGGUAAUGCGAAAUAACUUAUUUCCAAUCGACUGCUGCAGCACUUUGGUAAGAGCCUGUGGCAGUUUGUUAGACUGGGUGAGGAAAAAGCCACAAGGAAUACGGAGAGAAGAGCAACAAGCCUCAGGCUCUACGUGGAUUUAAACUUGUUGGACAAGAGCUGGAUGCGGACCUUCAGAAGGGUGGUGGGUAUUUCCAAGCUCUCAGGAACCUGACUGUAGAAUGCCACUCAAAUUUCUUAAUGUUAAUUCAUGCUACCUGAAAAGUAAAGACAGUCUGCUUUGCCAAGUGGACACACUGCAGUAACAGUUGGAGGGAGAGCAUGAAAGCCACAUGCUUUCCCUGGUCAGUCCUGUCUCUAGGCAGAUGUAGUCAGAAUUCUGUUCCCCAGGCAUACUGUGUCAUAUAGUGAAGUCACAGCAGAAGAAGGAUGUCACCCAUUGAGUCCAACCAGAUGCAGAGUCUAAGAUUCCUUGCCCACUGGCAUUUUGGAAAUGAAGCACCACUGGCCUAAAUAAGUAGCCUUUUCCAGAUCUGUAGGAUCUUAUACAACUACUGCCACACUCUGUGUUCUGUCAUUCUAACCUGAGAGAAACCUUGAAUUGGGUAUGUUCUCUAAUCACUAUCUACUGUUUGAGCAUUCCUGAUCCUUCUAUUUUAUCCUUGCUCCCAGGGCUCCCUUCAUGGAUUAUGAACUUGAUAUCACAGGUUUAAAGUAUCAGCUGGUCUAGCCUAAGUGAGACCCAGAAAGAUAAGUCACUGAGAGUGGUGGAUAACCUCAUCCAAGUAUUGAAGGAAUGUUUGUAAAAUUACCUCUUCAAACCUGAAUAUGAGAAUUCUUUUAAUUUCAGGGAAGAUUAGAAAAGGAAGCCUAAAGCCCUUUAGUGUUGUGAACCUCACUAGUAGCUGAAAGAGAAGCAGCCACAGGAUAUAGUUUGCUUUGUGAGACAUCCUAGACAUAUUGUAAAAGAAUCCAGAAUGAUGGCAGGAUCAGAAACUGAAUCAAAUCUGCUCUAAGAUAUAUAGAGACUUAUUUUCUUUAUUAAAGUAUUCUUGUAAGACAGUUUUCUGUGUCAAGUAUUUGUGUAAUAAGAGCUGACUUGUAAGCUAUUCUUGUAAUAUCUUAUUACUUUGAAAGAUUUAUAUGAUGAACUCUGGCUAUCUGACAAUAAAACAUGAAAAAGUAAA